AUGAAGUCAACAGCAGUGAUCGCCGCCUUCAUUGGCACGGCGCUUUCGUCGCCUGUCUCGCCCGUCGCCGCCGACGACCCGGUCUCGACCCCGACCCCGACCGAGCUCCAGGACGGCAACUACUGGAUCCGCGCCGUGGCCGCGCCCAACUUCCAUAAGUACCUGCAGACCAACCCGGCUAACGUGCCGGGUGUGGCCAUCCUCGAGUCGUCCAAGACGGCCGGGCAGUUCCAGAUCGAAGACGGCCAGCUCGUCAACAAGGUGUCGGACCCGCCGCUGUACCUGUGGAUCGCGGAGCCUGAGGACAAGGCGAACCCGCCGCGCACGCUGGCGGCCACCUUCGACUCAGAGCCGAGCCCGUUUGGCGCGUUUGCGUGGCAGGGCGACGCGUUGACCUGGUCGCAUCCGGAUGUCAACCGCCAGAACUUGGCAGCGUGGUUGGUGUGCGAGGACCAAGCACUGUUUGUCAAUACUGGCGCGUACGCGUAUGACACGCCGGCUGGUUGCUCGGAUCAGACGAUCCAUUACUACAACGACAAGACUGCCAACGACUGA